UGAGUGCGCAAAGGACUAUUGCGUCAUGGGAUCAGUACUAUGUACUUACCUCUUAAUCUAGUACUGUUGGGGGUAUUUUUCUUUUAAUAAUCCUAAUAUUUGUUGUAUGAAUGGACUAAACGCACUAGAAUGCAGUCUAUGGGUUACACUUGCUAAACUACGCCAGCAUACAGAAACCCGCCCUUCAGCUCGGCUCUACUAGGCGGAUGAAACCGAGUCGUUCUGGGGGAAAGUCAAGAGGAAAUGCCAUGCCAUGCCGACGCCUCGGUGCUCAAAUUUCCCUACGUGUACGCUGCUGUUAAAGGAGCCGUUACCACUUUCAUCUGGCUCUCUCCAUUUGUGUUAUGUGGUCAUAGUUCGAUAUGUGAAAGAACAGGCUGUUACAUUAGGUUUUUCUUAAUCGGAUGGUGCCUAAAACUGAUCCCACCCGGAGUGUCUCCUCCUACCGCUGAUAUGACAGUCUCCGCAGCCUCCGCAGCACAGAGACGCGGCACUGGCGUGGAUGCCUGAAAAUGCGCUAAAAGGACUGUAGCAAGGACGUUUAUUUUGAGGAUGCAGAAUAUACAAGAAUGUGUUUCCCUGCUCUUCUGGUGCUGAGAGCCCAAAGCCCCCCGGAUCAGGUGGAAAAACCCGGACGGCAGUGACUUGGUUACCAUCAUAUAAGAAAAUAUGGCACCUCAACAACCUUCCAGCACGGAGGAGCAGACAGGGGAGCUAUGUGAGCCUGAAUCUGAGGGAGAGAAACAAGGACCAGGACCCCCUUCUGAUCAAAAUCAUCCAGUUACCUACGAUGCUCCAGAUGGAGGCUGGGGAUGGGUGGUCCUGGUGGCUACCAUUCUUGUCUUAGCUCUGACACUGGCCUUCCCAGCCUGCAUUGGCAUCUUCUACUUAGAUCUUCAGGAAGAAUUUAAAGCCAGUAACAGUGAGACAUCUUGGGUGCCGUCAAUAAUGACGUCAGUUCUGCACGCCGGAGGUCCUCUCUGUAGUGUGCUGGUGGAUCGCUUCGGUUGCCGGGCGACAGUGAUGUUUGGGGGAGUGCUGAGUGGUUUAGGGAUGGCGAUCAGCUCUUUCUCACAUUCCAUAGUUGACUUAUAUAUCACUACUGGGGUCAUCACAGGUUUGGGUUUCUGUUUCAGUUUCCAGCCCGCUGUCACCAUACUUGGCCACUACUUUGUGCGCCGUCGUCCUUUUGCCAAUGCGAUGUCCUCCACUGGUACUGCUCUGGGUCUGUUUACAUUGCCAUUUUUAGGUGACUAUCUGCAGAGUAAGCUUGGAUGGAGAGGGAGUUUUCUGGUGCUUGGCGCUGUGCUGCUCAAUUGCUGUGUUUGCGGAGCUGUCAUGAGACCGGUCAGGCCUCGCAAGUCCAGAAAGUCAGAGGUGAUGAGCAACGGUGCCGGACCCCCAGGCAAAAAGGGAUGUGCGUUGGGCAUCUGUCAAAGUUUUGCAUCGUUCCUCAGAAAACACAUGGCCUUUGACCUCUUCUGCAGUAACCUGCGAUUUCGGGUGUUUUCAUUGGGCAUCACUUGGAUGAUGCUGGGGUUUGUGGUGCCACUUAUUUACCUGGUCCCUUAUGCAUCAGCUCACAAUAUGGAUCCAAGCCGAGCCGCCCUGCUGCUUUCCAUCCUGGGCCUUGUCAACAUCUUUGUGCGGCCUCCCGUCGGAGUGCUCUUCAGCCUAUCCUGGUUUAAAGGUCGACACAUCUACGUUUUUUCAGCCGCACUCAUAAUAAAUGGACUCAGUAAUAGUAUAUGCUGCAUUUCUGCCAGUUUCCAUGUUCUGUUAAUUUAUGUGCUGAUGUACGGGCUGUCCAUGAGCGUGGUAGGCUCACUGAUGUUCACCGUCCUGAUGGAUACAGUGGAGAUGAGUCGAUUCCCAUCUGCGCUCGGCCUGCUGUCUAUCAUGGAAAGUGUCACACUGUUGAUAGGACCUCCCCUCGCAGGAAUGCUUGUGGACAGUACUGGACAAUACACGUAUGUGUUUCUGGCCUGCAGCAUCUCAGUGGCCUUAUCAGCUCUGUUCCUUAUGGUUUCCUUUUACUGGCUGGACUCCCGUGAUGCAGCCCAGAAGAAAAGUUCACCAGCGUCUGGGUCUCCAGCUAAGCCUGUAAUCAAUAUGUCCACAGACUGCCAGUACAGCAGUGUGCCUACAGAUGGUGACAAGACAAAUAGCCCAUCAUCAGAAGCAGAAAAUGUCACAAAUGUAUGACCUGGAUCAGAGUUAUUUACACUGGCUUUUGGAAAGAUUCUCACAUCACUGGUUUGCCUUACACAGUAUAUGCCAUGGCACUACAUUGCCAUUCAUUAAUGCUGUCCUCGUAAUUAAAAAGUAAAAAUUAUAUCACUUCUUCAUUCCUGAUCUAAAAUGACAGAAUGUUGAAGUUAUUUGCCCAGGAAAUUAAGCUAUUUGAAGUCAGGAAAUUUUGAUUUCAUCUCAUGCCUUUAAUAUUAAUUUUCCUCAAUUUUUUGCCAGUUACACUUCCGUUCAGUUUGGGAUUGGUAAGAUUUUUGAAAGAGCAUUAUUUGAUAAAAAUAAUAUUGUUUAAAAUAACUGCUUUCUAUUUGAUAUAUUAUAAAAUGUAUUCCUGUGAUGGCAAAGCCAUUACUCCAGUCUUCAAUGACACAUGAUCUUUCAGAAAUCAUUUUAAUAUGCUAAUUUGGUGCUCAAGAAACAUGUAUUAUUAUUUAAUCUUAUUCUAAACAUUUUUGUGGAAUCAGUGAUACAUUUUUUUUCUGCAUUCUUUGAUAAAUAGAGUUCAAAAGAAUAGCAUUUAUUUGAAAGACAUUUUCAAUCUUUUGUAACAUUAUAAAUGUCUUCAGCAUCACUUUUAAUUUAAUGCAUCCUUGCUGAAUAAAAAAAUAAUUUGAUUUCUUUAAAAAAAAAAAAAAAAAAUCUUACCAACCCCAAACUUCUAUAUCACACUGUGUUGUUUUAUACACCAUUUGUGUCAUAAAACCCAUGCACUGAAAAAAACCUGAUCCUUAUUGGAAGAUUGUUGAUCUAAUAUCUCUACACAUUCAUCACUGUAUAACAAAUCAGGAGAAAAUUGUUUUGCUGUUAUUGCACAUGGGCUCUUAAGGUUUUCUCAGUACAAGUACAGACCCCCAUUUAACCAAGACGCAUUAAAACAAAGACUUCUGGUUCUCAGUAAGUGCUUGAGUACGAGAAUACUUAAACAUGUUCCCUUGGGUUGUUGUUAAUUUCAUGGAUUAGUACUGAAUGAGAUAGUGUUUGAACUGAGUAUACAAAGGGCCCAUUUUUAUUGAGUGUCAUGAAUUAUUAUUUACUGCUGAACAGAACAAGUGUUACAUUUCAAAUGCUGAUUUAUAUGUGAACUCCUCAUGUAAACUGUUGUUGGUCUCGUCUUAGUUGCUCUGUUGUUUUGUUACUUUGCCAAAGCAAGUGACCAGCUUCUAAAAGCGUAAAGGUCUGUGAGAGUAUAAUUUAUAUCACAGUGUGUAAUAUAAAGUAUUUACUACAAUAAAAGAGUUUAUUUCUGUACUUAGUUUAAAUUUAAUACUAUAAUGUAAGCAGAUAAAUGCUCUGCUUUUUCUUUUGCUAUCAAUAAACAAGCAGAAUUAUU